UCAAAAUACCUAAUCUUUAAACACUCCAUUGUCCUACCACAUGACCCCAAUCUCCUCCUCUAUUCAUUUUAAUCUACCAAAAACCCACCCAAAUUCGAUGAACGAGUUUAUUUCGAUGUAUUUGAGACCAAAAAGACUUUAUCCAUAUCUGCAAUGAUCUUUAUGCUACCGAUUCAUCCUCAAGUGAGGAUAUACAUCAGUGAAAUCAAUCUUCUUCUAGUUAUUGUGCAUGUUUCCACCAGGUUUGAACCUGAUGGUUCAAACCAAGACAGUAACACCAAAAUUUCACUCAAAAGGCAGAGGACUUUGUCUAAAACCUCAAGUUUUACGCCAAAAUCACAAGCACCAACUAGAAGAGUUGGUAUUAGGAGAAGAAAUGGGGCAAAUGGGUUGCUGAGUAAAUCUGUUGUUAGAUUUAUGCCAUUUUUCGGUGUUUAUUAUUGAUUCAUUGUUUUGGAGUUAGGGCGACAGCCAAAGGCCCAAAGAAAAAUCCUAAACCCUAGCAGAGGAGUGUGCUACUGAAUGUACUCAUAUUAACAGGUUAAAAGCCACUAUAAUGACAAAACCACCCUCAGCUAGUACAAGUAAUAAUGUAUCUAUCAAUUGAUAUAGUACACAAGAGUCGCUCUUUUCGCAAAACCUAGGGUUUUGAGAAAGAGAAGGUGUAGUCACUGUUCUUGGUCUCAGAUCAAGAAGAGAAGACGAGUUUGGGUCGGGUGGCCAAGGUUUUUGUUUUCACUUAGUUUACUGGUGGGUUUUAUCUGUGUGGAGUGCCAUAUGGAAGAUCUGGAAGCUCGGUGGUCAAAGCUGAAAGUUACGGAUGAGGAAAAACAAGGGAUCUCGGUGGAUCAGGAGGAUAUGCCAUUUUCGAAAGAUUCAACAAGACGGGGAGUAUUUGGGAAGGUAGUUAUGGAUAGAUUUAUUGCAACGGAGGUGGUUGCUAGAAACAUGAUGAACGUGUGGAAGACUUCGGCGCCUCUGAAGUUUCAUGAUUUAGGGAAGAAUAUUUUCGCAAUUAUAUUCCAUUCGGAGCACGACAAAAGACGAGUGAUGGAAGGCCGUCCAUGGUUGUUUGAUAGAAGCUUGCUUGUUUUGAAGGAGAUGGAGAGUGAGGUUCCCAUCAAGGAUUUACAAUUUGAUACGGAGUGGUUUUGGGUUCAAUUGCACAACCUGCCACUAGCGGGAAUGUCAAGAGCUUUGGGAGAAAAAAUUGGGGGUACAAUUGGUGAUGUUGUAGAGGUUGAUGCUGACCCUGAAGGUCUUUGUUGGGGUCGUUAUUUAAGAGUCCGCAUUUGCUUGUCUCUAUUGAAACCUUUAACCAGGGGAAAGAUGAUUCAUUUUCCUACUCGUGAUGUUUUGGUGAACUUCAAGUAUGAAAGGCUGCCUAAAUUUUGUUUUAGUUGUGGGUGUAUGAUUCAUUCAAAAGGGGGUUGCCCAAACCCCAAGUCAUCAUGUCUCCACUCUACUUCUGAGAAUAUGCAGUACGAUAGUUGGUUGAGAGCUGAGCCGAAUUUCAAGAAGUCAGGACAGAAAUCUCAGGGGCAAACUAGCGAUGAUAGGGAGCAGUCUGAGUAUGGGCAGUAUGACUCUGAUGAGGGUAGUAUGGGUUCGGGGGAAGUUAAUAGAAGGAAGGAGGCGGUUCUGGAAUUUCAACCUAUUGAGCAUGUAAAAGACGGUUUGGAGGAAAUUUCUAGUUCAAAGGAGGAUAGCUCAAACCAACCAAAGGGGGUCAUGACCCUCAGUAACACAGUAGAAGGGAAUAGGAGUAAUGGGGAGGAAGAUGCCCAAAAAAGUAUGAAUCAUAUGCAAAUAACUAUGGGGGCUCAAGUAACAAAGCCUCAAGAGGGGACAAAGGUGGCGCCAGCAGACUUAAAGGGGAUAACAGAGGUAGGUGAGGGGAAAAAGGGGGACGGAGUGGGGGAUGAGGAUAUCUCUAAGGGGGUGGGCAAGGGCAUUCAUAAAUGGAAGAGAAGGGCACGGAUGGAUAUUACUAUAGAAGCACCCAAUGAACGGCAGAACAUGGGUAAAGUGGGAGACAAACGUUUUCAUGAAAAGGAAGGAAGGAAAGAAGGGUCUCAGUUAGGUGAUGUAAAGGAUUGCUAA